AUGACCGCUUGCGAGCUCGAGAGCAACAUGGUCGUUCCUCAGCGCGAGGUCAGCAAUUCUGGUGGUUCUACAAUCACGCCCAACUCGGCCCCAGUGCCACCACAGACUCUUGGCCAAACUGGUUACGGCAGAGAUACCAGUAUUUGGGCCCCUGGUCUUGAUGCCAACCAGCCCAAUAACAACGCUACCACUGGCAGUUACUUCGGUCAUGGUGUUAACAGUGGCGGCAGCAACUCUGUCUCAGGCAUGGGCAACUUUGUUUUGGGUCAACAUGUUGACCACAGUUCUCGACGUCUUGCUGCGGCCAAAAGGCUGCAGAGGACUGUCAAAUUCACUACCGAAGAGGUGGCCCAAAUGAGUGGCGAAACGCCUAAGCAGACCGACGUCGUUGGCUCAAAUCCGUGA